AUGGGCGCACCGGUGCGAGUGCUCCUAUUGGCACUGACGCUGGCCUUCUUCGCUGCUUGGGUCCAGGCCGCACAGUUUGAGCUCAACGCAUUCUCCCAGCUCACCCUCUGCGCCAGCCUCAACGCCUCGCCCGAUGUUAACAACACCGUUGCGCUUUUGACUUUUCUUCCUGCCUCGGGCUUCAGCUGCACGACGACCAAGAGCGUCACCUUCACCGGAACGGCGAUCUCAUCAUUUACUCUCAACUUCGACACCACCGGCUUUGUACACAUUCAAGAUAUCAAUUUCAAGGAUGUGACUUCGGUCAAGAUCAGCAAUGCGGCACGACUCACCAUGACCAACGUGCAGUUCACCCAGUGGUUGUUGGGGUCGGCCGGGCUGGAGGUGAGCAACGUGGGCCAGGCGGUGCUGGACCGGUGCAGCUUCUCCGCGCGCAAGCCCUCGGUCGCCCCCGCCAGCUUCGACUCGUGCGGCUCCGUCGUGGUGCGCGACACCACCUUCUACAGCAACCAGGCCAACACCGGCGGCAUCCGGGCCAACAGCGUCACCUCGCUCUCCGUCAUCGACUCCACCUUUGCCUUCAACAUCGGCAGUGGAGCGCAUGGGCUGAGCGCGACCAACUCCAACGUGACGGUGAGCGGCUCGAGCUUCGUAUCGAACGGGAACCUGUUUGCCACCGCCACGCCCCUGAUCGCGGUCACUGGUGGCAGUCUGGUGAUGGCCGCGUCGCAGGUGAGCCUCAACUGGGGCGCCACCCUGGCGCUCACCAGCCUCGUCGGCGCGUCGAGCGUGACCGGCUCCACGUUCGGUCUCAACUUCAACUCGGCCUCGGGUCCGCUGAUCAGCGUCAACGGCUGCGGCCAGGGCUUCCAGCUACUGGACUCCACCAUCUCCUACAAUCUCGGUGGAGGUCUCUUCGUGCAAAAUUGCGAAGCCGAGGUGUCGCACACGAAGCUGUGGGCGCAGAGCGGCUUCGGCGCGCUCUGUGGCAAUCUGGGCACGAUCAACGCGCAGCGGGCGUCCAUCUACCGGAACGGCUGGACAUUCGUGCUGUUCAGGCCGUCCUACUUUGUCGACACCGCGUGCAUGGCCGGUUGUAACGGUCUGCGGCUCUACGGAGAAAUCGAUGCCUGUGCCAACGCAACCGACAUCGUGAGAGGCUACAAUGUGAGUUGCAAGCUCGGACUCAACAAGUGCAGCCAAUGCCAACAGGCGCCCCUCUGUACUGAUUGCAACGGACAGCCCUUUGGCAACGCAACCCAAGUGGUCCGCCUCCACCCUCUCUUCAACCUGUGCGAUAGCUGGAACACGUUGAAGUCGAGCGGCGCCCGGGUGAACUACAACGGAACCGCGCCGCGGUGUGAUCUCACGGCCACGCCCGACGAAUCGGCGUCGAUGGCGCUCCAGUACGACGCCGUGACCGUAUACUACUUCAACACGUCGAGCAACGCCGAGCAGGCCCUCUAUCGCUUCCCCAUCAACGACAGCGACUACACCCGCUCGCGAGGGAACAUGACGAAGGACCAGUUCUGCAUCAACUACGAGCGGGUGCUCGACAAUGGGGCCGGCCUGCUGCUGCAGCAGUGUCUCUUCGACGCCGAGCAGUCCGUGCUCUUCGGCAACCAGACCCUCAUCAUUGCGGUGAGCCUGUCGUCUAUGGUUUCGUUCGACAACCAGACGCGCAACCACACCGACAUCGACAUCACGACGCGGCGGGUGGCGGUCGAGUUGAGCCUGCGCAUGAGCCAGGCGGGCACCAUGGGCGCCGUGCCCACCAACGCGACCUACAUGGAGGCCCUGCGGUUUGUCGGGGCCAGCUUCGACAUGGCCAUGGAGCUGCCCAACUACGCCGUCUUCAACGACAACGACACCUCGACCUUCGCCUACAGCUUCAACGCGUCGUCGUCGUCGUCGUCAACCACCAACAAGACGGCCGACUACAAGCUGGUGCUGGAGUUCACCGGCCCGUUCGACUCCGUGUUCUACGACCCGCAGUUCGGCCUCCUCGUCGGCUCUGACGGCAAAGGCGGCGCGAGCGACGACGGCAUCUUGCUGCAGGUGCUGGUGCCGGUGCUGGUGGGCUCGGCGCUGGUGGUGGUGGUUCUGUUCGCCAUCGGCUUCGCGUCGUGGUUCGUGUGGAAGAAGCGACAGACCAACCGCGCGUACCGGAACAGCACGAGCAUGGUCAACUUUGCCGACCACACAAGCCACGACGGGCUUUAG